CACCCCCCCACAUCACGCACGCAACGCAACCGCAGGUCCGUGUCCGUCCGCAGCGGCCCAUUUCCAAUUUCUUCAGCAGCUCCGGCUCCAGCUCCAGCUCCGGCUCCAGCCAACCAACCAAACCAACUCGAGCCCUCGACGACUCACCACUCGCCCGAGAGAACACACACGCGCGCGCAGGCAAAACCCUAGCCCCACUCCGGCGCGCCACCGGCUGAUGGUUUCGAUGAGCACCACGCCGAAGCCGCUCGACACCGCCGCCGCCGUCGCCGGCGGAGGCGGAGGCGGGGACGAGGGAGGCGGCGGAGGAGGGAAGAAGCAGGUGCGCGGGGCGGCUGCGGCAGCGGCGGUGAUGGCGCCGCCGCCGAUGGCGGUCCCGGUCCCGCCCGCGGCGGGGGAGGAGGUUCGGAAGGUCAGGAAGCCGUACACCAUCACCAAGUCGCGGGAGAGCUGGACGGAGCCGGAGCACGAUAAGUUCCUCGAGGCCCUGCAGCUUUUUGAUCGUGAUUGGAAGAAAAUUGAAGCAUAUGUUGGCUCAAAGACUGUCAUACAGAUUAGGAGCCAUGCACAGAAGUACUUCUUGAAGGUUCAGAAGAAUGGUACGGGCGAGCAUCUGCCCCCACCCAGGCCAAAACGAAAGGCAGCUCAUCCAUAUCCACAGAAGGCAUCUAAAAAUGAUCCCGCAGUUUCUCAAGCAAUUUUAUCACAACAACAACCUACCCAGAAGGAGCAAGGUUCUGUCAUGCCUAUGGAUACUGCUACUGUGAGAAACACAAAUGCAAAUGUGGCGGUGCCUUCCUGGGACAAUACUCUUGCUCAACCUUUUAGUGCUGGUCAUGUUCAAGGAGCCGUUGCAACAAAUAACUGUUCAAGUAGCAUAGAGAGUCCAUCCGGUACUUGGCCAUCUUCUGAAGCAGUUGAGCAAGAAAAUGUGGUUCCACCUCUCCGUGCCAUGCCAGAUUUUGCCCGAGUAUACAGCUUCCUAGGAAGUAUAUUUGAUCCUGAUACAAGCGGGCAUUUGCAGAGGUUAAAAGCGAUGGAUCCAAUUGAUGUUGAAACGGUACUACUACUAAUGAGAAAUCUUUCCACAAACCUUAGGAGUCCUGACUUUGAGCAACAUCGGAGGUUGCUAUCAUCAUAUAGCUAUGGUGGUGGGGACCAUGUUAAAUCCGAAGGCAUGGAAAAUCAUGGAUCAGCUCAGAGUGGCCAUCUUCCAUUCCUGGUAACAAGUGAAUGAGAGCACACUGCCAAUUUGCGGUCAAAGCUUUGGUUGUUUCCACGAGACAUUCUUGUGUGCUCUCAGCAAUGGAGUUGUGGACGUCUGGUCUGGCAGUUUAUGAAUGCUAGAGACGUAUCGUGGCAGUGACAUCUGUAUAGCUUCCAAUAAUGGUCUGACCCUAGGCUAGUUUUGCUUUUCAUGUUCAUGUAGAUAGCCAGUUUUGUGUGCUCAUGCAAUUCUUUUCAUGGGUGGGGCCUAGAUCGAUAAGUUUUUGUUAUAUACACACUUGUGCUCGCGUGUAUGUAAAUAUGUGGAAUCUUGUAAUGUUUGAGGUACUUGGAGUCUUUGGUCAAGACAAAGCACAUAUACGCAAUAAGGAGUUCACCAUCGUCGACUGAAUAAUAAAAAGUUUUUUAGUUGUGGACCUGUCUAAAA